AUGACUUUGGGUUCCGAGUUGGAAGUUGCGCAACCAGCAGUGAUUGAGAGUCUUUCCAAAGCAGAGGACAAUGAUUCUGGUCAUUCAUCGGUGAACACACCCGAAUCGGAUCUCGAAAACGCUCAAACCACCGACAAAAUGCUCACUGUAACUGUCCAACCGACUGUCGGAGAACCCUUUGAUCUCAAUGUACGUUUAUUUUUGUUUUUAAUUUUAAAAUCUUUUUGAGAGUUGACGUGGGGUGUAUUUAAAAGUGUGAUUAACCUAUUUUUUGGUCAUUUCUAAUAUAUUUUAAAAUUAAAGGUUCACGACACGGAAUUGGUUCAAGAAUUGUUUCAAACAUUACUCGAUCGCGAACAAACUUGUCAUCGAACAUGUUUUUCAUUGGCUAUUAAUGGAAAUCAAAUUGAUAAUUAUUCCGAAGUUCGAAAUGUUCCUGGAUUCGUUGAUGGUUGCACUAUUUCUGUUGUAGAUGGUAAGAAAAUCCAGUCUUCUCUAUAAAUAAAUAAAUGCCAUUCAAUUUUUAGAACCAUACACUGUCCGCGAAGCUCGUCUUCAUCUCCGCCAACUUCGUGAAAUUCUCAAAGUUGGACUCAACCAAGAUCCACAUGAUCCAGCUUGCAACACUGAUGGUUCUCCAACAUUUUUGCCAACUGUCAAUUUGCAAUCUGAUCCAUCAAAUCGAUUGGGAGAAUGGAAAAACGAUUUUCUUCCACCUGAUCAUAUUUUGCCAUUGAGCAAAGAAAGAUCAUUUGCUCAUAUUCUUGUCCCACCACAAAAACCAAUCAUUGCAGUGAAAAGUGUCAGUGUUUCACCAUUUAAUCCACCACCGGGACCAAGAAAAUUGCGAGGAGAUGUUUUGUAUAUUGAUAUUGUUACUGCUGAGAAUCGCACUUAUCAUGUGACAUGUGCAACAAAAGGAUUCUAUAUCAAUAAUUCACAAGACUCCAAAUUUGAUCCAACACAAUCAAACGCUCAUAAAACUGUUCAUCACAGUCUUGUCGAACUUUUGCAAAAUGUUAGUCCAAUUUUCAAAAAGAAUUAUCCAUUGUUGAUGAAAAGAAGAAAUGAGAAAACUAUGGUUGAAAAGAUUCCAACAAGUUAUCCGACUGCUUCGUGGAUUGCACCAACAAAUCGAAUUGAUACUUUUACCGAAGAUCCAAUUCGUGCUGAAGAAUUGACUGAACCAUUUAGAGUUGGAUUUGAAGGUAAUUUAUGAACUAAAAAUAUAAUGAGAACUGCUAAGCUUUUCUGGAAAUUUAUUCUUUUGAAAAACUGAAAACUUAGCCGCGGUAUUAUUUUUUUUGAAAAAAUUCCAGGAUAAAUUUCGAUCCGAAAAAUAACCCAAAUAACCUAUCCCCUAUUUCCAUUUUUCCAGAUAAUAUGCCAGGACUUCUUCGCGAUUGGAAUGAGGAACUUCAAACAACCUACGAAAUGCCAAGAGGAAAUUUGAACGAGAGAGCUGUUCGCGAUAGAAGUUAUUAUAAAAUCCAUGCGGAUUUCGUAAAUGCGGCAGCAAAAGGAGCACAAGCAAUUAUCGAUGGAAAUAUUGUUGCAAUCAAUCCAGGAGAUGAAAGAAAAACACACAUGUACAUUUGGAACAAUAUUUUCUUCAGUCUCGGUUUUGAUGUCAAAGAUCAUUAUAAAGAAUUGGGAGGAGAUGCAGCUGCAUUUGCUGCAACUUCAGCUGAUUUACAAGGUGUUCGUGCAAUUGCAAGUUUGGAAGAUCCAAAACUCAAUGUUCUUGGAAUGGCAAUCUUUGAUUAUCGUGGAUAUCGAGUAACUGCUCAAAGUAUUAUUCCAGGAAUUUUGGAACGUGAACAAGAACAAUCAGUGAUCUAUGGAUCAAUUGAUUUUGGUAAAACUAUUGUGUCUGAUGAAUCAUAUCAUGAAUUAUUGGCUGAUGUUGGAAAACAACUCAAAAUUCUUCCUCAUAAUGUUCUUACAACAAAAGAUGGCGAAGAAAAAGAAUUGAAAUUGUUCACAAGUUAUGAAACAAAAGGAAUAAUUGGAAAUGAUGGUCGAAAAUAUGUUCUCGAUUUAUUGCGAACAAUGCCACCAGAUGUUCAUUUCUUGGAAGAUGCUGGAGUAUCGGAGAUUUCGAAAAAGCACGGGUUCCCAAGAAAAUUCCCGCAUAAACUCGCAGCUCUUCGAAGAGAAUUGAUUGAUUUGUUCUGCGAAUCGAAAUUCGUUGAAUUCAUCAAAUCAUCUGCUGGAUUUAUUAGAAACGAAGUUAUUGAAGCGAAUGAAUCGAAAAAUGAGGAAAGAAUCAAAUUGUUGGGAGAAGCUGAAAAUCUUUUAUCUCAAGCAUUUGUUGAUAUCAGUGAAGAUAAACCAGUCACUUUUGAGAAUAAUUCGAUUUUGGAAAAAGCUUUGUUGAAAGCAUAUGCUGAAAUUCAUUCAUUGAAAGAUGAUCAAUAUGAGAUUAAAUUCAAUCCAGAUUGUUUUUCUCCAUUGAUUAAACAUGCGCCAUCAGAGAAUCUUGAAAAACAAAGACAAUUGGUUAUUGAAGCCGCUGAAUUUGUUUUGACAACUCAAAUUCCUGAACUCGCCAAAUCAUUGCUCGAGUGUUCUUUGAUGCCAAUUGAUGGAGAGGGUUUGUCGGAUAAUAUGCAUAUGAAAGGAAUUAAUAUUCGAUAUUUGGGAGAUGUUGCAAAACACGUUGACACAACAAAUUCAUUUGCUCGACCACUUGUUCUUUCGGAAUUGAUUGCAAGAUCUGCUAAACACGUUCUUCGCAAAAUUAAUGUUCAAACAAGUUCGGAACAAUUGGCAACAAGUUUGGCGCAUAUUUUGAAUUGCUUGUUUGGUUCAGUGACUGUUGAUGUUUCACCAACACAAGGAGCGGCUAAUAAGAAGGUUAGAAUGGCGCUAUUUUCAAACGUAUCAUUUUCAUACAUGUUUUAAUUUUCAGAACUCGAAGAAAAAUGGCAAAAAACGUUCGGGCUCAGCUUGGUCAACAUUAACAACUCAAUCACUUUGGGCAAAUAUUGUUGAAGAAUCAACAUCUUAUUAUGGUUAUCCAAUUGAAUCUGAAAGUUUGGAACAAUUCUGUGAACUUCAUGAUAUUCAAAAAACCGCUUUGCUUCGUCGAAUUUGUCGUGUUUUGGGUCUUCAAAUUGCAGCAAGAGAUUAUUCAUUGGAUAAUUCAAAUGGAAAGAAACUUGUUUUCACUGAUGAUGAUAUUAUCAAUGUUUAUCCAGUUAUUAAACAUCAACAGGUGAGAGUUGUGAAUUAAAAAUAUGAAGUUUCGAGAAAAAACCUGAAAGCGUAUCAUCUGUAAAAACUAUAGGAAAAUCGAGGAAAACAAUUUGUCAGCUGCGAAAAAACCAUUGAAAGUUUCAAAAAAUUUCAUGUGAAGUUAUGAAAACCUUUUUUAUUUCUGAAAACAAAUGUAACUGCAAUACUGAAACAACCUAGCCCUAUUUUCCUCCUUGCAGCCAUUCACCGCUGAUGCCAAGAAAAUGAUGGUUCGUGGACAACAUGCAAUGUCAAUGGGUUCUCCACGUGAUGCAUUCGAAUGUGUUGGUGAAUCAAUCAGCCUAAUGACUGCUGUAUACGGUAUUAUGCAUCAAGAUAUGCCACAACCAUUACAUGCUUUGGCUCGUUUGUCACAUGUUAUGGGAGAAUCUGCCGAAGCUUUGCAUCAACAAUAUCGAGCAACAAUUAUGAGUGAAAGAUUGAUUGGAUUAGAUGCUGGAGCAACUAUUGUUGAAUAUGUUAGUUUUUGAAAGGAAACUGAUGGAAAAUCCUCAAUAUUAUUGUUUUUCAGAUCAGUUUGGCUCAUUAUGCAUUCACAUCUUUGUUGUUCCCUGAAUCAUUGAAACCACUCUACAGAGCUAGAUAUUUGUUGAAUGUUGUUUUUGGUGAAAAACAUCCAUUGAUGGCUCAAAUUGAUGCUAAUAUUGGAACUAUAUUGUUCACAAUGCAAGACUACGAAACAGCUCUCAAAUUCUUGCAUUCAGCCGAUCGAAUUUCGAAACAAAUUGGUGAACCAAAGAAAUUGAAAUCUGGAUUGAUCACUAAUUUGAUUGCAAGAACUUUGGCAAUGAGAGGAGAUUUCCGACCGGCUUUGGUUGCUGAAAAAGAAACAUAUGCGACAUUCAAGGAAUUGUAUGGAGAAAACCAUUAUCGAACACAAGAAUCUGGAGAAUAUUUGAGAACUUUGACACAACAAGCUGUUACUUUCCAAAAGAAAAUGAUGGAUGCAAAUAAUAAGACAACUAUCAGUGAAUUGAUUCAUGUAAGUUUUUUUUAUAUAGUUUUUAUUGAAAAAAUUGAGUUGAAUCGUUAGUGUUUCAAAAAAAAAUGUGAUAAAAACGGCAUCCCGGUGUAAAAUGCAAAGGGUUUUCUUUAUUUGACAUAUUCGGAAAGCUACACGAAGUCAAAACAUCGUUCAAAAUUUCGGGAAAAAACAGACUUUCCUGUGAAAAAAGGAAGAUCAUUAAAAAUGUCCAAAAUUUCAGGUCAAAACUCCAAGUGUCAAAUCAAUUUUCGAUGUUCUCAAUAUAAUUAAUGGUAUUCUCAUCAUCUCCACACAAAAUCUUGUUGCUCCUUCUCAAAUCGCCACAAAUUCUGCCGUCGAAAAUUCCGAUCAAAAAUCAAUUCUAGCCAAUCAACUUGAAACUGAAACCCUAGAUUAA